AUGUCUUCCCCUCGACCUUCCUCGCCCGUUAACGGAGCCGGCGCUGCCGCUUCUGGCGCCAGCGUCGCGCGUCCCUCCUCGCCCACUCCCCCCGGCGGUCCCAGAACCGCCAUCCGUCGCCGCGCGGCUGCCGACCAGAAGGAGAAGAUUGCGAAUGCGCGGCCGAACAGCACGAGAGCUGCCGGUGCUGGCGGUAGCAGCAGCACCAUGCUGAGACUCUACACCGAUGAGUCUCCCGGUCUCAAGGUCGACCCCGUCGUUGUUCUCGUUCUUUCCCUUGUUUUCAUUUUCAGCGUUGUCGCCCUUCACAUCAUUGCCAAGCUCACCCGCAAGUUCUCCUCUUAA